CCCCCCGGCCGUCAUCGCGGCGCGCCGGGCCGGAGUGGCGCGCGGCGGCCGGCAUGGCGCUGUUCCACGUCGCGCGGUACUCGGGCCCCGAGGCGGCCGGGGCGGAGGCCGACGCCGAGGUGGACGGCCGGGCUCGCGCGUUGCUGGAGCGGCUGCGGUGCCGGGUCCGAGAGCGGCAGCUGCAGAAGCAGCCGCCGCAGCAAGAGCCCUCGGAGCCUGCGGAGGCCGCGCAGACCGCGCAGGCGGCGGGGAAGCGGCGACGGCGGCCGCGCAGAAGGCGGAGGCGCAAGAGCGGCGGGGCGCCGGGGAGCCCGCACGCACCUCCCUGCAAGCGGCGGAAGGCGGACGACGAGGAUGAGGACGCGAGCGCAGGUGGGGGCUCGCGGGGCGGGGCGGGACCCUGGGACUCGGGACCGCGUGGGGCUGACGCGCCGCCCCGCCCCCGCUUCUGCCGCGCAGAGAGCAGCGAGGAGGCGCCGGCGGGGAACAGCGUGGGAGCCGAAGCCGCGGGGUCGCCGGAGGGCCAGGGCGGACCGCCCCCCGAAGAGGCCUCUGGUCCCCCAGCCCACGCCCUGGUGCUCGGGGGCUUCGGGAGGAGCAAGGCGCCGAAGGUCCAGCCUUUCCUGCCAGCGUGGCUGGCUGAGCCAAGCUGCGUUGGAAAGAAUGUCACCGAAGGCCUGGUGUCUAUCGAGGAUAUCCCGGAAGUCCACCCGGACCUGCAGAAGAGGCUGCGGGCUCAGGGCAUCUCGUCCUACUUUCCAGUGCAGGCAGCAGUGAUUCCCGCUCUCCUGGAGAGCACAGCCAACGGGUUUCUGGUAAGCAGAGGCGGCUACCGGCCUAGCGACCUCUGUGUUUCUGCCCCAACGGGCAGUGGGAAGACCUUGGCCUUCGUCAUCCCCCGUGGUGCAGGUGAGCGUAGGGAGCCCUCGCCUUCCAGGCGGGUCUGCAGGCAGGGAGCGGCCCUGCUGACGCAGGUGGCGGUCCUCCCCCCGCAGGCCCUGCUGCGGCGAGCCGUGUGCCAGGUUCGUGCCCUGGUUGUGCUGCCGACCAAGGAGCUGGCCCAGCAGGUACGUGGACCCCAUGCCUGGAGGUCAGACCCAGGGUCUUCGUCACUGCGGCGUGGGGCCUCAGGUCACGCUGGUGAUGGCUGCUUCUCCUCCAGAGCAGACGGCUUCCGCUGCCUGGCAGACAUCGUGGUGGCCACCCCGGGCCGCCUGGUGGACCACGUCGAGCAGACCCCAGGGUUCAGCCUCCAGCACCUCCGCCUCCUGGUCAUCGACGAGGCCGACCGCGUGAUAGACAGCAUGCACCAGUCCUGGCUGCCGCGGGUGCUGGCCGCGGCCUUUCCCAGUGAGGGCACUAGGGACCCCCUUGCUCUGCUCCGGAGAACGCAGCCCCGGGCUGUGACUGCAGCCAGCGUCUGCUGCCCCCAGAUGCCACUGCAGAAAUUACUCUUCUCGGCCACGCUGACCCAGAACCCCGAAAAGCUGCAGCAGCUCGGUCUCUACCGGCGGCUCUUUUCCACGGGGUCGGUGCACGGGGGCCCCAGAGACGCCGACGUGGACGGGGACGGGGACUCGGGUGGGAAGUACACCUUCCCUGCGGGGCUCAUGCAUCGCUACGUGCCCUGCAGCCUCCGCCUCAAGCCCUUGGUCGUCCUGCACCUGCUCCUGGAGAUGAAUCUCUCACGGGUUCUGUGUUUCACCAACUCCCGCGAGAACUCCCACAGGCUGUUCCUGCUGGUCCAGGCUUUCGGGGGCGUGCGCGUGGCCGAGUUCUCCUCCCGCUACGGGCCUGGCUCCAGGAAGCGGAUCUUGAAGCGGUUUCAGCAGGGGAAGAUCCAGCUCCUCAUCAGCACCGACGCCACGGCCCGCGGCAUCGACGUGCAGGGCGUGCAGCUGGUGGUGAACUACGACGCCCCCCAGUACCUGCGGACUUACGUGCACCGGGUUGGAAGAACCGCCCGCGCCGGAAAAUCCGGACAGGCCUUCACGCUGCUCCUCAAGGUGCAGGAGAGGAGGUUUGUCCGGAUGCUCAGGGAAGGCGGGGUGCCCGGGCUGGAGCGGCAUGACGCCCCCAGUGAGCUCCUGCAGCCGCUGGCCCCGCGGUACCAGGAGGCCCUGUCCCAGCUGGAGAGCGCCGUCAGGGAGGAGCGGAAGCAGAAGGCAGCCUAGGCCGGGGCUCGGGACAGCGGCGAGGGCUCCUCCCCUCCUGGCGGGGGGGGCCGCCUCCUUUCCGGAAACACCCUGAGCACCAGUUGCCAGACGCACGAGCAGGAGACGGGGCUCCCUCAGCUGAGAGAGCCUCGGUCCCCAAGCGCGCCACUGCCCUGGGCCCGGCCCCCUGGACACACGGCUCUGGCCCAGGCCUGAGACCUUCCAGGGGGCACAAGGUCAGCCCCGUCGGGUGGUCUUUUUGGAAACAAGGCUCCAGCGAAACUGUUUACACUCCCCCGGAACUGACGGGGUGGCGUCUGCCAUGCGUUAGGCUGUAAGUCGGGGAUCAGCCUUGAGGUACCUUCAGGAAUUCAGUUUUUCUAACAGCGUGAGCCACCACCCUGCGUGGGAGAGGUGGCCCUGGGUCCCUCGCUGUCGGGGUGAACCGCCGGCCGCUAAGUAGCCGUCCCCCACGAGGCGUCGCAGAGACCGGAGGAUGCGCUGCAUGGUCACUGCGGCUGUACUUCACGAUUAGUCACCGCGCGUGUGAGACGAGCGUCCAGGAAACAGGCUUCAGAGCGCUGACCGCCGUCUCUGAGAAAGCCUCGUUUCCAAAACUCACGUGUUGACAGAGCCUUAAUGGGAAUGAACCGCGGCUCCUCGUGUCGGCAGAAUAACCGCCCAUGAGUCCUGGCGUCCCGUGUGCUCGCUGUCGCCCGAGUGGACGUCAUGGGGCGGGGUGGGCAGCUUACGGGAGUGCACGCGGACCAGGGCUCGGGUCGCACCAGCCCGGACCUCUCGGGGCUGUAAACGCACUCUGCGUACCGAACCUACUCACGUUUCAGUCCAGGCUUCGCACGGGGCCCGGGGGGAUGGCACAGCCAUGCACGGCCUCUGAGGGGCAGCUUAGCGGUCCGUGGAUCGUAUCUCAAGAAAGCAUCUGUUUGUUUAAAAACAAGUAUGGACUUCUCCCCUGGUGACGCAGUGGUUAGGAAUCCGCCCACCAAUGCGGGGGACACGGGUUGGAGCCCUGGCCCGGGAAGAUCCCACAUGCCGCGGAGCAAUGAAGCCCGUGCGCCACAACUACUGAGCCCACGUGCCACAACUACUGAAGCCCACACGCCUAGAGCCCGUGCUCCGCAACAAGAGAAGCCACCGCAAUGAGAAGCCCGUGCACCGCAACAAAGGGUAGCCCCCGCUCGCCGUGACUAGAGAAAGCCCGCGUGCAGCAAUGAAGACCCAACACAGCCACAAAACUAAGUAAAUUUUUUUUUUUAAUAAAUAAAUUAAAAAAAAUAGUGAACACACACGUGCCCCUGGGUGAUAGGAUUGCUGGAAAUACCAGAUUGCCUCCUCAGCCUGCCUUUUUCUUUACAUUCAGUCACGCUUGUGCCAGAAGACGGGAAGAGGCCCAGGCAGGUGACUAAAGACCACAGCUGAGCCUUUUGAAGUUUUGUAAUAUUGAUAAAUGCUAACAGAACAAAGAAUUCCGAUGUCACCUUUACUGAGUAUUGCGGAGUGGCCAGGCGCGUGGGGACAGGAGAGAACCUGCAGUGCGUGCAGUGGCCCCGAGCCUGUCCACAAGUUCUGGGAAGAGGUUCAAGUGGAGGCGGGGGGGCCGGGAGCAUGCAGGCACACACGCGGGGGCCCACAGGCGCUGUCUGCUGCUGAGGGAGACCGAGCCGAAGCACCUCGCCUGUGGCCUGCCCCGAGCCUUCCUGUGCCCUCACUUCUAAGGGGGGGGGGGCCUCGGGAGUAGCAAAGUGACCACCAGGCGGAAACGACAUUGCCUGCUUUAGCCCUUCACUUUGAACUUGGAGAUACAGGGCCUACCCUGCACCUGCUGGGUCUCUGGGGCCUUGGGCAUGUGGGAGACGGGCGGUAGUGGUGUCUUCAAGGCAGGCUGCGGUGUUCAGGUCACUUUGCUGUUGGGUUUCAACAGCGACUCACUGGGCAUUUAUCUGGAAAAGAAGACUUCAGAGAAGAGUGAAGUAGCAGGAAUUAACAGCGUGUAAGCCAAUCAAUCAAUCAUACUGCAAAACAAACUCAUAGAAAAAGAGAUCAGGUUUGUCAUUACCAGAAGCAGGGGGAUUGGAUGAGAUGGUCAAAACGUACAAACUUCCCUUUAUUAGAUAAAUAAGUACUAGGAAUGUAGUGUACAACAUGACAAAUAUAAUCAACACUGCUGUAGGUUAUACAUGACGUGUAUGAGAGCUGUUAAGAGUAAAUCCUGGGGCUUCCCUGGUGGCGCACUGGUUGAGAAUCCGCCUGCCAAUGCAGGGGAUACGGGUUCGAGCCCUGGUCUGGGAAGAUCCCACAUGCCGCGGAGCAACUGGGCCCGUGAGCCACAAUUACUGAGCCUGCGCGUCUGGAGCCUGUGCUCCGCAACAAGAGAGGCCGCGAUAGUGAGAGGCCUGUGCACCGCGAUGAAGACUGGCCCCCGCUUGCCGCAACUAGAGGAAGCCCUCGCACAGAAACGAAGACCCAACACAGACAAAUAAAUAAAUAAAUAAAUAAUAAUUAAAGGUGCUAAUAAUUAAAAAAAAAAAAAAAAAGUAAAUCCUGAGUUCUCACCACAAGGAUAACAUUUUUUUUCUAUUAUUUAAUGUUCUCUCUGUGUGAGAUGACGGACGUUCACUAAACUUACGGUGAUAAUCACUCCAUGAUGUGCAAGUCAGAUCGUGACGCUGCACACCUUAAAUAUAUGCAGUGCUGUAUGUCAAUUACAUCUCAAUAAAACUGGGAGGAAAAAGAAGGAAAGAGUGAAGGGGGUGCGAACGUGGCAGAGCAGCCUCGCUGGCAUUCCUGCUGCCGCCGCACAGCAGGGGGGGCACAGGUGCUCUGUGCUGGCAGGAACUGAGCUCACAAAGGCUCCAGGGGGACCUCAGACCCCGGAACUGCAUCCCCCCCCGAGGGUCAGAACUGAGCAGGGUUAGGACUGAGCAGGGCCGGGCAGGGACCCACCGGUCCAGCAGCUGUGCUGGUCGUCUGACGGCCCUGGGCUGGUUGUUCGGCCCUCCUGGGGGGACCCCUCGGCCAGGCCGGCCCACGAGCACCGAGGCACGCAGAUGACAGCGUGGCCUUGGUGUAACCAUUCUGCCGCCCUCGCCCCCCUGGGCGCGCGGGGCAAGGAUAGGGAGUGAGGCACCCGCAGGUCUCGUCACCCAGGAAAGCUCCAGGUGCUGCCUCUCCGAAGGCUGGAGGGCAGGUGCCAUUCUCCGGUGCAGCGAAGGCUCCCUCCUGCUGAAGAGCAGUCUAGAACGCGCCCACCGGUGCUCCUGGGAGCGUUCCCUGUCACGUGUGUGAAGGGGGUGCUGUGGCCUGCCAGCUUCUCCUCCCCCGGGCACAUCGACGCCUUCUGGUACAACAGACAGAGGAGGAGGAUGGCGAGGCCACGGCCGCAGCUCUGGACACAUGUGCCGUGUCUGCGAACCCGCACCCCCAGAGCAUCACGACAGAGCCCGGCAUGAAAAGGCAAAUAAGGGGACUGUCAGGUACCAUCCAGUACUCCAUCUACGACUGGUCGCUGGCCAUCACCCCACACUCCUCUCUGUGAAUCCCUAUUCCCGCUCCAUCCCCCCCACAGAUCUAUGUAUUUUAUGCUUGGAAUUAUUUUAUAGAUCACCAAUCAUGCGUCUCUGCAAUAGAAAUGUGCUCCAGAAUUGACCACAAGGCUCUAAGUGUUCAAAAAUAAUAAUCUUCUGGAUUGAGAAAUCCGUACAAUUAUUAUUGGUAUGCAAGUAAUCAAAAUGACACAAGUGUAUUACAGUUAUGGUAAAUAAGUACUAAAUAUAAAAAGUAAAAUUUAAUAGAUGGAGAGGGCUAAUCUGUUUUCUUCAGUUAGUUCCUAUGUCCACAAGGCUCAGCGUCAACUCUAUUCUUAUUAUUUUUCCAAUUUAUAAAUCAAAACACUGAAAAACUCCCAUUCCCAUAAAUAAACUGGUGGCACCAGAAAGAGCUUUGUUGUCGAAACGUCACUCGAUCCUUUGGUCCCUUUCUGAGCUCUGUGAGGUCUGUUGCCAAAAUCUACGUCCAGCGC